UGAGAAGGCUCUGACGGUAAUUGCGUAGGGUGUAGGUACCUACCAACACAGCUGAGCGACAUGCGCAAACCGUUUUGCGCAGAUUUUCGACAAGGCAAGCACGCGCAUAUGCAAUAUACAUCAAAUCGCCUAAAUAGCACGCGUGAGAGUUAAUAUUAACAAACUAUUGAAGUAUAAAAAAAAACAGUUUCAAUACAAAAUGGUCAAAUGUCUUUACCCGCGUAAAUUUGAAUUCUUGUAUUUUCUCUUCAGCUGACUAAGAAAGUGCGCAGUACGUUUUGCGCAUGUGGCUCGCAUCAGAGCAGAGCUUGUGUCACUCGUUGUCGUAGCUCGUCGUUCAGCAGUGCAGUAGAGUACUGCCCGCUUUGUGUUGUUCGAGAUACAAGUUUUUGAGAGAAGUCUGAAAGUGAAAAUGGAGUGGCUUUUUGGAAAACGUGUUACUCCUGAGGAGAUGCUCAGGAAGAAUCAGAGGGCAUUGAACAAAGCCAUGCGAGACUUGGAUCGAGAAAGGAUGCGAAUGGAGCAGCAGGAGAAGAAAAUCAUUCAGGAUAUCAAGAAAAUGGCCAAAGAUGGGCAAAUGGAUGCAGUCAAAAUCAUGGCGAAAGACCUUGUAAGGACAAGGCGUUACGUCAAGAAAUUCAUGCUGAUGAAGGCGAACAUCCAAGCAGUGUCUCUCAAGAUUCAAACUCUGAGAUCUCAAAACACAAUGGCUCAAGCCAUGAAGGGUGUCACAAAGGCUAUGCAAAACAUGAACAAACAACUCAACUUGCCUCAAAUACAAAAGAUUUUGCAAGAGUUUGAGAAACAAUCGGAGAUAAUGGACAUGAAGGAAGAAAUCAUGAAUGAUGCCAUAGAUGAUGCAAUGGAAGAUGAGGGAGAUGAAGAAGAAAGUGACCAGAUCGUGUCCCAAGUUCUGGAUGAGCUUGGCCUCCAACUCAACGAUCAGCUAUCCGGCUUACCACAAGCUUCUGGUUCUCUGAGUAUAGCGAGUUCGAAGCAGCCUGUCGCUGCGGCGGCUGGAGCCAGCGACGGCGAUGGAAACCUCGCGGAUGCCGACGCAGAUCUACAGGCCCGCCUCGAAAAUCUUCGUCGCGAGUAAAGUACGUAGUGAGAGACCGAAUGAUGGAGAUAUUUGUAUAAAUAAUGUAUAAAAACGCUCUAUACUUGUGAUAAAUCUAUAGCAUAAGGGUGAUUCUUUUUUUUAACAAAGAAAAUUAACAAAUAGCACAGGCCUAGAGUAAAACCUGUUGAAAUGUGCACGCUAUAUCUACAUUACAUUGUGUACUUGUGAAAAAUACACAAGAGACGUCCAGCAAAGCUUUCAGGCUUUAAUCAAGACCAACGCUAUUGUACAGUUCGCUACGUUUGUACGCUUGCGUCAAGUGUUUAUCGAAGGUUUCAUGAGAAUCGUUUGAUCGAAUUGUGCCUGCGCACAAUUUUAAUAACCAGUGACUUGGAAAGAAAUACCGCUACAACUAUUAGUGUAGUCGCUUUUAUUACUUACACUAUGAAAUAAUCGACUGCUAUGAAAUAAAUAUGAUGGUUCGUUGAAAAAUUACACAGUGAUCAGCCUUCUCUUUUCUUAACGAAUUUCAUAGAAAGUGUUAUAUUUAUGAAAGUCGCCGAUCACAAACGAACUUUUCAAAUCAAGCUUGCUUUGAGCGAAAAUCACGAACGUUGAAUCUUUAUAAAUUUUUAUCGUAUAAUUUUAUUCAAUGCAAUUCUGAACAAUAAAUAAUAAAUGAUAAUUAAUGUUUAAGCCACGUGGAGUUUGAAUUAUUGAAUGCUCCAAACUUGAUCAGGCAGAGGAGAUGGGUGGAAUAAAGCAGACAUGUGUGAGCUUUGUCAAA